AUGCCCGGCGCGACGCUGACGGACACGCGUCCAUCGAUGGACGGCUUGCUCCACGGCGUCGCCAGCGGCGGUGCUGGCGACCCUCCGGUGGCGAUUGCGACCUUCGAGGUUUCGCGAAAGACUCUCGCCGGUGCAGACGACCGCCGCGAUACGGCGAGUGAGAUCGCCGGAUCGCCGACGAUCACCGGCGGCGACGGCGCUUCACCAGAGAAUGAGGCGCGCUGUGAGUCGACGCCAGCAGCAGCGGGAAGUCCCGCCGAUGCCGUUGCAGACGGCGAGGGGAUUGGCGGCUGGUGGGGCAGGCGAGCCGCGGAGAGCGGCGAGUCGGCGGGGAAGGAUUCGUGCAACGAUUCCGACGAUUCGGUGGCGAGCGACUGGAACGGCUGGCGAGCGGAGAAGGCGGCGACGGAUGGCGAGCACGUGCCGUAUGAUGGUGAAAAGGUGGGGACUCGUGGUGAAAAGGCGGCGACAGAUGGCGAAAAGGAAGGGAAAGGUAACGAAGAGAAGGCAGCAGAUGGUGAAAAGGAAGGGAACAGUGGCGAACAGAAGGCGACAGAUGGCGAAAAGGUGGGGAAAGGUGGCGAAGGGGCGGCGACGGGAGGAGGUGCGGCGAGACGACAGAGGAAGACGGCGGAGGCUGCUGCAGCCGCCAUGAAGCGGAAGGUACGGCGUCGGGGAAUGGUUGAGACGAGCAGUGUGAAGUUCACGCGGCCACGCCUGGCAGCCAUCUCGCUUGGCGGCUUCUUCACCUCCAUGCGCGCGCGCAUGGCGCUGCUGGAUGCGCGCAUGCCGCGAGAAACGGAAGAGGAGGACGAGGAAGAUGAGAUGGAUGACGAGGAUGAUGACGUGGACGGUGAGGAUGAUGACGUGGACGGAGAGGAUGAUGACGUGGACGGAGAGGCGGAGGAGGAGGAUGAGAAGCCCAAGGCAGGGACGAGCGGGCGAGGAGAAGGGGAGAAUGCCAGGGGCGGCAGUGUCAGUGGCGAUGCUGCUGCUGUGUCGAGUGGUCUGAUCGCCGACAUGCUGCACCGCUUCGCACAGGAGGAGGAGGAAGGCGAUGAGGAGGAUGAUGAGCUUAUCGUGCUUGAAUGCUCCGCUCCUGCUGCUGCUGCCACUGCGACAGCAGGAGGGGCAGCAGGAGCGGCAGCAGGAAAAGAUGCAGAUGAGAAGGGAAAGGGGGAGGAGAAGGGAGAGGUGGAAGGCGAGUGUGCUGUGAAGCAAGGGGCCCAGGCAGGAAGGGAGGCGCGGAUGAACCGUGGAGAAUACGAGGCUAGGGACGACGAGGCUAGGGUCGACGACACAAUGAGGGCCAUGUGGGAACAGGGUGGGGAGGGAGGGAAGAGAGAGAAGUGGGGAACGGGGGAGAAGGGGGAUAAAGGAGAGAAGGGGGAGAAGGGAGACAAAGGGGGAACGGGGGAGAACCGGGACAAGGGAGAGACGGGCAGUGCAACGAAGUGCACAGGGAAGGGAUGUGGCACUGGCGAGGGCAGGGGCAGGGACGGGCCUGGGAGGAGCAGCGAGCGAGGGAAGGUGUGUGGGCGAGCGCAUGUGGGGAGUGCAGGGACGGCAGUGGACUCUAGCGUUGGUGUUGCUAAGAGGGAGGCAGCUGCUGGGGUGUCCAGUGGGAGAGGGGCGGUGGAGGGAGAGAAUACAGGCGUGGCAGGGCGAGGAAAGGAAGGGGAGGAAGGGGCAGGCGAGGCAGGGGCGGUGACAGCAGGGCAGAAACCAGAUGGGGGCGGUGAUGGGGGGAAGCAGGGAGGUGCAGAGGCGGGGAAGCAGGGGGCAGCUGAUGGGGAAAAUCAGGGGGACGCAGAAGGGGGGAAGCUGGGGAGCGCAGAAAGGGGGAAACAGGGGGAUGCAAGGGGGCUUAAGCAGGGGGGAGGCGUGCGGUGGUGGGUGGGGGCGCGUAAGGCAGCAGGAGUGGGGCCCAAGUCGCUGAAUGAGUGGGCCAAGGGGCGCGGGGGAGGGGCGGAUACGCAAGGGGGGAAGGGGGCAAGUGCAGGAAGGGGCGCAGGAGGGGCUGCUGCUGCUGGUGCUGGUGUUAAUGUUGCUGCUGCUGCUGGUGAUGGUGGUGUUGGUGGUGCUGCUGCUGGUGAUGGUGGUGUUGGUGGUGCUACUGCUGGUGCUGGUGCUGGUGCUGCAGCUGCUACAAUUUCUGCUGCUGCUUCUGCUGACGACGUUACUAUUGCUGCUGCUGUUGCUGGUACUGCCGGAGCUGCCGCUGGAGGUAUAGGUAAUCAAAGCGGGGAUACAGGCAAGGGAUCUUGUGGGGUGAGAGCAGCUGGGCGGAGAUUUAUUGAUGACGCUGCUAUGGAAGAUGGGGGAGAAGAGGAGGAGGAGAGAGAGGGGGGGGAUGAUGCGGAGGAGGGGGAUAGGGUUAGAGCUUUGGGGGAGAACGGGCGAGAUGCGAAUUGGGACUGGAUGGAUAUAGAGGAUUUAGGAGAAGAUAACAGUGGGAGUGACAGUGAGGGUAACGAAGAUGCUUGUAACGAGGACGAAGGAGAGGGGGAGGUUGACAAGGGGGUGGGAGAUGAGGAAGAGAGGGAAGGAGAGGAAGAGGAGGAAGAGGGGGAAGAGGGGGAAGAGGGGGAGGAGGGGGAAGAAGGGGAGGAGGAGGAGGAGGAGGAGGAGGAGGAGGAGGAGGAGGAGGAGGAGGAGGAGGAGGAGGAGGAGGAGGAGGAGGAGGAAGGGUCAGAUGGUGCGUUGGAGAGAGCAGCGCUUCACAGGCAGUGGGAGGAGGAGGAGGAUGAGCGCGUGCAGGGGGCGGUGAUGGGCGGGGUGCAGGGGGGCUGGGCGCAUGUGCGCAUGGGCAGGCGGACCCAGGGUGGGGGGGAGAGGGGGAUCAGGGGGGUGGGUCCGAUGGGGGAUGGGGAGGAGGAAGAAGAGGGAGAGGAGGAGGUGGAGGAGGAAACGGGGGAGGAUGGAGGGUUGAGGAAAGGGGGAGUGAGGAAGAGGAAGAGUGGGGAGAGUGGGAAAGGGGAGGGAGGGAAAGCGAAGGGGGCAGGUGGUGGGGAGUGGGGGUUACUGGCAAAGAAAGUGAGGAUGCUCAAAGAGAAGGCGGGGGGAGGAGGGGCGAAGGGGGGUGGAGAGGGGAAGGGAAUGGAGCAGGAUAGCAAUGCGUGUGGCUUAACCGAGAGUACUCGUGUUGAUGCUGAUGCCGUUGGAACGAAGAGGGGGAUUAGAGGCGAGGGAGAGGAGGGGGACGAUGACACUGCGAGUGACGAUGCUGAGAAUGGCAGCGGCAGCGACAUCGAUGGUAGCAAUGGUGUUGGCAGUGGUGAUGGUGGUGAUGAGGGCGAUAAGAGCGAUGAGGAUGAUGAGGGCGAUGAUGGCAAGAUGGCAUCGCAAGACCUGGCAGAGCAGAUGCGAGCCAAGAGACGCGUAGAGGAGAUGGUGAGUGGGGAGAUGGUGAGUGUGUCGGUGAUGAGUGGGAAAGAUGGUGAGUGGGUGAAAGGUGGUGAGUGGGGCGGUGGUGAGUUGGGGGGAGGUUGGAUGUCUCACCAUCUCCCCACUCUCACACCCAUCCUCUUCCUUUCUCUCCUCUCUUCCCCCACCUUCCCCCCACCCUGGCAGCACCACAAGGAGCAUCACCGGGAGGUGCGGGACACAGUGCUGGGGCAGUGGAAGCAGCAGCAAAAAGAAUAA